AUGUCUAGUGAAAUUGAAGUUGAAAUUUUAAAAGCGCAAGGAAUCAAUAAUGUUCUUUCUUUAUUAAGAGCACAAGAUUUGUAUUCAUUCUUUAAACUUGAUUGUGAAGAACUAGAAGACUUAAGAAAUCGUGCAUGUUUAAAGUUAAAAAAUGGUGAAUAUAUGAUACGUCCAGCCAUAAAAGAUAAUCUUGAUUAUUGCAUAGCUGUAUUAAAAGGAGCAUUUCCAUCUAUUCCAACAUUAGAAUCUUAUCAUAAUGAAUUUUCUAAACGUAUUGAAGAAGGUGAAUAUCGUUUUGAUGGAUUGGUUAGUUAUUCAAAUAAAAUUAAUUGCUCUUAUAUAUAUAUUUCCGAAGAUUGUACUAGCGUAAUCAGCAAAGUCAAUUAUGAUGUUACAACUAAUUCAUUUAUUGGUUUUUGUCCUGAAUUGAAGAAUGGUUUACCAUCAAUUCGUCAGUACCAAACCGAUGAUUUUUAUGAAUUAGAAGAAUGGUUUCAGACAGUAAAACAAUCAACUCUAGUAAAUAUCUAUACUGUUCAACCUAUAACACAUGAAGCAGCAGCUCCGUUUCUAUUAUCUUGUUUUGGUACCGAUAAUCAAAUUGUUUCAAUAUGUAUACUUUCUCAUUGGUUGUAUAUAUAUGAAAAAUGUCAUACUAAUAAUAUUAAAGUUGUUGGUUUUUCGAGUGAUGCUGAUCCUAAAUUUGUUACAGCUAUGAGAUUAGCAACAGGUUAG